UAUUUCACAAAAAUAUGAGAAUGUAACAAAUUUUACUUACAAUCAAUAAUGUUAGCGUUGAGCUCGUGCUAAACCUCUGGGGAGUAUGCAGUGCUCGCCAAUUGUGAUACGCCUCCUAUGUGUUUCUCUCUCACUCGUACAAGCACAAAAAUAUGAGAAUGUAACAAAUUUUACUUACAAUCAAUAAUGUUAGCGUUGAGCUCGUGCUAAACCUCUGGGGAGUACGCAGUGCUCGCCAAUUGUGAUACGCCUCCUAUGUGUUUCUCUCUCACUCGUACAAGCCUGCAACAGACAGAGAAACGACUUGCUAUAUAAUCACUUCCCUCAGAGGAAAAUCAUCAUUCACGUUAGAGCUAUACACUUUGAGUGUUUUGUGAAUUUCUCCACAAUACUUCGUGAACUUCUCCACUUCACAACGGCGACGAUGGACUCAUCAAACGCUUCCUCCUCCUCCUCCUCCUCCACUACAUUAUUCAUCAUCCCGGACACCCCCCCAUCGGAGAGGGAGCUGAACUACUGGGAACAGCAGAAGCAGCAGAAGAAGCAGCAGAAAAGCCUCAGCUCGGCUGCCACCUCUGCUGCUACAGCUGUCGCCUCCACCUCUGGCGCCUCCUCAUCCUCACCCCUGAAGAUGCAGGGAAUAUUUGUUCAACGUGAGGAUAAGGAAGAAGUCAUCAUACCCGACACCAGCCCUCUCCCGCAAGCUACACCGGCUACUUGGGCACCACGCCGAGCGGCCCUCACAUCGGUACCCGCCGCCAAGCAGCCGGUGAAGCGGAGGCUGGUCUUUGAUGACGAGCCCGCCGUCCUCACUCAAUCAAAGAAACGUGCGGCGCAAGAGCACGACAGCUCCAUAACGCCUCUUUUGCGGGAGGAGGAGGAGGAGGAGGACGAGUUGGACGUGGAGACGGAGGACUUCCUCGCCAUUAUAAAUCGUCAUACUGAGAAACCGUGGACGCCUCUCCGGCAGUUGGUGGAGGACACGGCGUACCCCAUCGUGGGGGUACGGGAGAUUACAAACCAACAUGGUCGCCGCAUUGUCUUAAAAGUCCAUUUAACAUCUGAACGGCUGACGGACAUAUACAUGCCGGAGAGGUAUACCCACAGUUUAACGUCCAAAGACAUUGAAAGUUUCAAAAGAAAUUGUAAAUCACUAUGUCUGUUUGUGAAGCAUGUUAAUGCUUUUUUGACAGACAUAAAAAUUGUUAAGUGCAAAAUUAGCAAAUUUGGCAUUUAACAAUAUUUAUGUCGGUGAGCAUUAACAUGUUUUGCAUGUUAAUAUGUAUAAAUUUGUUAUGUAUAAAUUAGUAGUGCUCACAAUAAAUAGUUUGUUAUUCUAUAAAAAUUUUUCUCAAUUCUCACCUAUCAGUUCACUAGUAUGUGUAGACAAGUGCACUCAAUCACUCUCCACUAUGCAAGUUGCAUUGAGCGAUAAGAAAUGAAAAUGUGUUUUUAUAGCUUGUUGUACGCACGCACGCACAAGCAGGCCUACUGCUGACAUCAGUCGGUCGCUCACUCAGUCAAGGCCGGGCAACGCUCGACCUUCACAAGGCCGGCCGCCUUCCUUGUUGUGAAGCUCGGGGGGCGUUGCCCUCACACAUCUGGUUCGGCUCGCGUUCAUAUCUGUAUGAGCGGAACACUUUCAAUAUUAUUGUGUUUGUCUUUUUCAGAUCAGCUAUUUGAAAAAUUCAUUUCAAAUAGCUGAUCUGAAUAGGUGAAUUCGAUUUGAAAGGUGAAUUCAUUUCCAAAUUAAUAGAAAAUUCAAUUUUCUUUUAGAUUAAGUUAGUGUAAUGAUUAAUUAAUUAACUUUAGUUAAUGUUCAACCAUUGAGUUGAAAGGUAAUGAAAAUGGUAUGUA